UCUAGUGGUAUAUAAAAAGUAUGUCACCUUAUUGCUCGCUCUCUGUGUAAAUUUCUCUGCUUGCAUCUCCUCUAGAAUUCUUCAACUCUUUCGUCGAAAAUGGCAGAAAAAACACCAAAUCAUGUAGUAGUAACGGCAUUUCCAUUCGGAACGCACGCGAUACCAUUAUUCAAUCUAGUACGUAGAUUAGCAAUUCAAGCACCAGCAUUAACAUUCUCAUUCUUCUCCACGGUAAAAGCCAACCAAUUAGUUUUCGGGAAUAAAUCUAAAUCUUACAACAAUUUACCGAACAAUAUUCCAACCAAUAUGAAGCCGUAUGAUGUUGAUGAUGGUAUACCAAACGGUCUUACAGGAGAUCCCAGGGCUGAAAUGAAUUUCUUUCUUAAAUCCAUGGCAGAAAAUUUUGGAAACAGAAUUGAUCAAGUGUAUGGUGAUGAUUCAUCAGAUGAUAUUAAGUGUUUCAUAAGUGAUUCUUUCUUGUAUUUUACUGGCGAUUUGGCUGAGCGAAAGGGAGUACCGUGGAUUUCUUUCUGGACUGCUGGUCCCUGUUCUUUGUCAACUCAUUAUUACACUGAUCUUAUUCGUCAAACCAUACCUCUUGGACCUGAUGGUAUUCAAGGACGUGAAGAAGAACUCAUCGACUUCGUUCCAGGAUUAUCUCGUAUAAGAACCAGAGACCUGCCAGAAGGUGUUCUUUUCGGAGGCUGGGAAUCUGAGUUCUCGCGCAUGUUGCAUAACAUGGGGAUGAUGUUGCCGCGUGCUGCUGCUGUUACCAUUAAUUCAUUUGCGGAAUUAGAUUUGCCAAUUCUCGAAGAUUUCAAUUCCAAGUUUCAAAAAUGUCUCACAGUAGGUCCGUUCACUCUAACUUCUCAAAAUCCAUCUCAUACUCAUGAUGACCCUCAUGGCUGCGUUACCUGGUUAGACAAACAACAGCCAACAUCCGUCGCUUAUAUUAGCUUCGGCACAGUGACUACACCACCACCGAAUGAACUUGCUGCCCUGGCACAAGGAUUGGAAGAAAGUGGUGUACCAUUUUUAUGGUCAUUGAAAGAUGAUCUGGUAGGUCAAUUGCCUAAUGGGUUCUUUGAAAGGACUAGUGAGAGAGGAUUAAUUGUUCCAUGGACUCCACAACAACGAGUACUGGAGCACGACGCUAUCGGUGUCUUUGUGACACACUGUGGAUGGAAUUCAAUAAUGGAGAGCAUUACGGGUGGCGUACCAAUGAUAUGCCGUCCAUUUUUUGGUGAUCAGAGAAUUAACUGUCGUAUGGUAUCUGAUGUUUGGGGGAUAGGGACUAGGAUUAGAGGUGGAGUGUUUACAAAGGACGGAACGGUGGAGUGCUUAGAUAUGAUCUUAUCCGAUGAGAAACUGAGAGAGAAAAUUGGUGCCCUCAGAGGAUUUGCCAAACAUGCUGUUGGUCCGAAAGGGAGUUCUACCAGGGGUUUCAACACUCUGGCAGAGAUAGUUUUAAAAGAUUCGAAAUAAAGUUUAUGCAAUUGUUACUAUCUCUUAUUAUACAGCCUGAGAGCUAGCAAAUGGUAUCCGCACAAUUUACAGAACUGGCUAAUGAAAUUUUAUAUCCUUUUCAAAUCUUUUCAGUUAUGUCAAUGUAAUCACAAUGGAGCAUGUAAUCUAAAAGCAUCAAUCAAUGUGUUCUGAACAGUUACAGUUUUUUUU